CUACUACUACUACUGCUUAUUCUAAUACGUAUACUAAAACAAUUUGUAUUAUUAGUAUUAUUAUCCACUUAAUAAAAUAUAGUUUUAACAUGCCAAACUCAUGUGUUUUUCAGAUUCAACAAAAUUGGUCGUCACCGUUACAGAAAGUUCUUCAAACACUCCUUCAACAACUCGUUAUGAAACCCCAUCUAGUGCAGUUCCUGCACACGACCUGACAAAUGACGACUCGUUGUGAGGGGUCAAGGUCGCAGUUCCAGUUGUUUCUGCCGUCGUCAUCAUCAUCGCUGUGGUUCUUGUCGUCUUAUUUAUUCGCAGAUAUCACAACAUCGGUUUGCACCACCAUAAAAGCUACAACGGCGCGUUUUGAAACUACUUCACAUGCAGCUUCUGCACACGACAUGACAACUGGGGACUCUUUAUUGGAAGUCAAGAUCGCAGUUCCAGUUGUAGCAGCCAUUACCAUUAUCUCUGUUUUCCUGGUCGUAUUGCUCCUCCGAAGAAAACGUCGCAAUAGCCUGUCGGCACAGAAUAAGCUUACACCAUGUAACCAGACCUCGACCAAAGGUUUAUCGCAAGCUGAAGUCCCGCCAGCAUGCACAGUCGAGUAUGACUAUGUUCUGGAUGAGAGAGAAAACUACUUUGCGCAGCCUCAACGCGACAGUUCGAGACCAGGCGAGCACCCAUAUGCAGUGUUGAAGGGUAAAGAAAGCGGCAUUGUACCUGGAACAAACAUUGCUACAAAAAUACAGAAAUGUCUGCCAACCCUGCAAGAGGACGGGUACAUUGAUAUGACUGGUAGAAAUGUAUGCAAGGAAUAUAAAGAUGAUUGUAAAUCUGGCCAUGAAAAUGUUCAGGAUGAGAGAGAAGACAACUACACGCAGCCUUAACGCGAUGGUUUGGGACAGGGCGAGCACCCAUACGCACCUUUAACGGAGCAUGAAAGCAGCAGCGCGUACGAAAUACAUGAUAUCAAACUUCCUGGAACAAACAUUGCUAAAAAAACUAAGAAUUAUCUGCCAAACCUGGAAGAGCAUGCUCUGAGUACACUGAUAUGACUGGCAGAAAUUGUGUGCAAGAUAAAGAAUGAUCGAAUCGCUUUUCCAUUAGUAGCACUUAUUUGAAAAGGGAAAAGGAAGGGACAGAUAUCCUUAAAAUGCUCACUUGCACUUAGAGAUCUACCAGCACAAUCUCAAUAACGAAUGUUAUAAUCGUCUUCAGCGCAAUGAUGUAUAAGUUGACAUUGUGUUUCAUAAUAACGAACCAUCUAGUGGGAGCACACUGAAACAAUGACAUGCAUAUAGAAGUCUCAAAACGAAAAAAACACAUCGCAACUAAAGACCCGAACGUGCAAAUAAAUAUCAAACAUAUAGCAAACGUCCUAUGAAAAAAAACAAAAACACACUAUUUGAACGCAUUGCAAUGUCAACAUACUUCAAGUUCCUUAUCUCAACCGAAUUAAUUGUGCGGGCAUUAGCAAACGUUAGCAGCUAGUUCUUGAAAUAAUGUUUUCUUUAUAUUUAUUGAAAUUAAACUAGAUAAGUUAUCUUUAAAGAAAAUGGAAACAUUUUUGUUGGCUGUUGCUAUAGCAUUCUGGAAAGUUAAAAUAAUGUAAAAAAAACGAAUAGAGGCAAAAACAAACAUACGCAGAAUAAAACUGUGUUUUAUUAGGAACUACAUGUUUUUAGAAGUUAGAUGUCAUUGUAUUUAAAUGGAAACGAAAUAGUUCAUGUCUUGCCAUUUCCAUCGUUCGUUUAAUUAUAUAUAUGUCUUGAAAUAUAUGAUAACCAUUGUGUAAUAUAAUUUCAUGUAGUUCUUUCUACUAACUUCCAUGUAUUUUCUGUUUCUGUUGUCAAUAUUUUUUCUCAUCGACUUUUUUUCUUAUUAUUGUGUUU